GUCCAGCUCGGUCCUGCUGGAGCACGAGAUCACCCUGGAUGGGACGAUCGUCAGCGCAGCCUUUGACGACUCCCUGGAAAUGGGCAUUGUGGGCACCACAGCAGGAACCCUGUGGUACAUCAACUGGCUGGAGAGCACGAGCAUCCGGCUCAUCAGCGGCCACAAGAGCUUCUUCGCCUACUCCUGUGGCUGCGUCAUCGUGGUUGAAGACCUGCACUCGGGGUCCCAGAACCACUGGCUGGGCCAUGCUGAGGAGAUCUCCACGCUCGCCCUCAGCCACGACGCCCAGGUUCUUGCCUCUGCCUCAGGGAAGAAGGAUGGAGACUCCCACUGUCAGAUCUGCAUCUGGAGCAUCCCAGAUGGGGCCUGCACAGCAGAGCUCUUCCACCACGAGACACAAGUACAAGCCAUGGCAUUCUCUCGGGAUGACAAAUUCCUUGUCACCAUAGGGGACUACAGUGACCAGAGCAUUGCUUUGUGGAGCACCUACACGUACCAGCUCCUCCUGUCCACUUGUGUCUCGGAGCCAGUUCAUGACGUGGCUUUCAGCCCUGUGUCUCACCAAGACCUAGCCUGUGUGGGGAGAGGAGCUGUGAUGUUUUGGCUGCUGGAGCAGCAGGGAGCUGCUGUCAACCUCAAGGUUCAUCAGGCCCCUGCCCCGGACGUGCUGGGGCUGGUGGAGCUCACGUCUCUCUGUUAUGGUGCCGACACUCUUCUUUACAGUGGGACCAACUCAGGCCAGAUCUGUGUGUGGGACACUGAGACCAAUUGUUGCUUCAUGACAUGGGAGGCUGACGAGGGCGAGAUCGGGGUGCUGCUGUGUCGGCACGACAGGCUGGUGAGCGGCAGCAACACGAAGCGCAUCCGCCUGUGGGCAGUGGGCAGCGUGCAGGAGCUGAGGCUGAAAGGGCCCGAUGCCAGGUAGGCGGUCGUGGCCCCUCACCUGGCAGCUCCCAGGACCUGUCUCAGAGGUGGCUCUUCACAGACAGACGUCGCCCUGCUCCUGAGCUCUUCAUCCUUAGCUUUUCCUCUCCACCCCGCGGCUGCUGAUUCUUUCUCUCUGGAUCUUUUGACUGAAUUUUUGCCACAGGUAGCUGAACCCUCUUAAUACUGGAAGUGGGUGGAGAUUAUCAUGCCUGAAAUUUGUGUCAGGGGUUUGUAGGAAUUCCUUUAGGAGAAUUAGGGAAAAUACAUUGCCUUUGUUUCUUCUCUCACGCUAUUGCAUCCUUCAUUUUCUUUCUUCCCUAUAAAAGAUGGUUGC